CUUUGCCUCCAAUUGCUGUGCAAUUUUGAUCACGUUGCAUUGCUUUGUGAUAUGGAGGAUGACAUCAUCCAAUAGUGGACGUCAUGGAUGUGCGGAGAGGUGCGGAGCUUGGCACCUGUGACCCGCAGUACGCAGCCAAGUCCUCGGGCGGCUGGACUUGAAAGCAGAUAAAGGUCGCUUUCCCCUCACACAUAUCUAUACAUCCUCCCUCCAUUAGACGAUCAAAAUGGCAGCAUCAGCCGCGCUUCCUGGUCUCUUUUUCUGCUUUUCGGCAAUGAUUCUCCUCAUUCUGGUUUCUGUAUCAUCACCAACGUUGAACAGCAUAUCCUUUCUUAAUGCCAACCAAUAUGCCUUUGGUGUAUUCGGUUAUACGGGCUCGCAGGUUCAUGUUGGUUACUACUUCCCCCUCCCCGGAGACAUCAACACAACAACUCUUCACAAUCUCACCUCCGUUCUCAUACUUUACCCAAUUGCCGCUGGUCUUUCCGGUCUUGCAUUCCUCUUCGGAGUGUGUGGCGCUGGAUAUCAUCGUGCGGGCACCGUCUUUAUGAAUCGCCUGAGAAGCAAUGGCAUCAACGCGAAUUGGGGAAAUGCGAACUGGCUUGCGCUUGGCGCGCUGGUUGCGCUGUUGAUAGGCUCCUGCACUGCAGCCUGUGGAGUAUUUGGACACUACCGUGACAAGCGCUCGACUCGGAGGAGAUAGUUGACAAGCGGUGGAUUCUUUCUAAGAAAUAUCCCGGGGGUGAGUAACCGAGAUGAAAGCUCGACGAAGUUAUCUUUUAUUUCACGUGAACAUGCUUGAUACUUACCAUUCGGAUGUACUCACCCGUUAUGUUUAUUCCAUUGUGUACUUAUAAUACCCCGAAUCGUAGUUUACCCUCCAACGAUGGUCAAUGUAAUCGAGAUGUUGCCUCUACUUAAGUUACAUA